CAGCCUUCUUCUUCUCUUGCUGACUGGCCCUUGUUGUCGUCAGGCUUGCAGCAGGGAUUCCUCAACCCCCAGAGUGGUCCUAGUGGUUCCUGGUACAUGUAGUGUCUGUCCCUGCGCCUGGGUCCCAGGAUGGCGGAGAACAAGGUCAAAUACGAUUGGUACCAGACCGAGACGCACGUGGUCAUCGAAGUGCGGGUCAAGGCGCUCGCCCCCGACCAAGUCCAAGUCAAUCUUCAAGCCACCUCUGUGGGCGUGUCCGCGCCCAUUCCCGAGCGUCCGGGCUCGGAAUUCGUGCUGGACCUGGAUCUGGCCCAUCCCAUCGUGCCUGAACGAUCGAGCUUCAAAGUCCUGAGCACCAAACUCGAGAUCAAACUGGCCAAAUGCACCGGGCAACGCUGGGCCACCUUGGAAGGCGAUGGCACGGAGCCCUUGGCUGCGCCCCAAGGGGCGGGGGGCGCCACGGCCGCGGCGGCUACGGCGGCCGCCAAGUAUCCCAGCAGCUCGGGCAAGGAUUGGAGCAAGAUCGAGGCUGAUAUCGAGCAUGAAUUGGAAGCUGAUAAGCCUGAAGGCGAAGCGGCCUUGAACUCCUUGUUUCAAAAGAUCUACUCUGAAGGCACGGACGAGGUGAAGAAGGCCAUGAAUAAAAGCUUCAGUGAGUCGGGCGGCACGGUCUUAUCCACGAAUUGGCAAGAUAUCGCCAAGGACAAGGUCGACGUGAAGCCGCCAGAUGGCAUGGAAUACAAGAAAUGGAACGACUGACUAGACCUGUCCAGUCGCGACCCACAUGUUACGACCACACAUCCAUCUUGAUCAGUUGAAAUAAAUGAAGGCCAGAGCGGACCUGCUUAUUUCUUUCACUCAAAUCACUCAAAAUCUCCCGUCGUCCGUGGCAACUUUUAACCGCGAACUGAAUCAAUUGCAG